AGAUGUUCCAUUCCUAUCUCACCGCGUGUCCGAAUGGUUUCUCGUGGGUGCACUCUGCUGGGUUCUCCGAGGCCUCCACGUUCGUCCCUGCGCUCUCUGCAUCCUCCCAGAGUUGUUGCACUCCCAGCCUGGAGCGCUCGGUUCACCCAGUGCUUUCUGCUCGCUGGCCCGCUGCGGAACUCUGUGUGGUAGACGCGUUUCCAGAGGACUGAGUUCACCGCGUCGUUAGGACUUACGUAGCUUCCGGAGUUAGGGCGUCCUGCACUGGAGACACCAACAGCCUCAGGCCGGAGAACUCAACGCUCUCCGCGCAGACCCCGGCUCCCCCGCCCGACUUCCGGUGCCUCAGACCCUCCACUUCUCAGUUCAGUGCAACCUGCUUGUGACUCCGCCACCAGAGCACGUCCCGUAGGCAACACUGUGUCAAUGAAGCAGAAGAAGAAAAUCCCGAAUAGGGUCUCUGGGACGAAUGGAGACGAAAAGACCUCCGAGAAACCUGUUCCAGAGGAAGCUCCCCCCAGUGCUGAGGCCCAGGCGGAGCAGCUGGCGAGGGAGCUGGCCUGGUGUGUGGAACAGCUGGAGCUGGGUCUCAAGACGCAGAGACCCACCCCAAAGCAGAAAGAGCAGGCUGUUGGGGCAAUCCGAACCUUGCGCAGUGAGAAAACCCCCUUGCCCCGGAAGAGACAGCUGAUGCGCUCCUUGUUUGGGGACUACAGGGCUCAAAUGGAUGCCGAAUGGCGGGAAGCCCUGAAGGCCCUCAGGACUGCUACCCAGUCAGCCCGUGUCCAGCUUGUAGGCGAGGAGGCCAGAAAGAAGAGCGGAAGGGUCUGCAGGCCUCGUCCAGCGGGAAGAACCAAGGCCACUGUGGACUCUGCUGAUGAAGAGUUUCGGUUCAAUUUCUUUUAGAUGCUCCUCCAUUCUGGACUAGUCAUCCUCCUCCAGCGUGGUGUGGGGAUUUGUCUUGAGUGCGGGGCCUGGCUAGGAAUUGCUCUCAGCGGAAGUGGGAUUGGUUUGUCCCUAUCUGGUGUGUGGACGCGCGGAGCUGCUGGCCCUGUGAGACUCCUUAUGGGAACUUUUGGAAGAGAUGUUCCUCCGGUCAGAAGAGAGAUGCAUUUGGGAACUCCUCUGUGAUAAGCCUGCUUGUUGGGUGGGUUGUAGAAAGAAAUGGUCCUCCGGUCUGGGAGCUGUUGGUGGUGAGAAACUGAAGAAGCUAUGAAAUUACUUACAUAUGGUGCUCAGUUUUGAACGGAUGCCCUGGCCAUUGGCUUAGAGCUUUAUCUAUUGUUAGAGCAUCCUAAUAAAUAUUUUUUUCUACACACAAAUAACUUAGUACUGCAAUAUACACAAACCAUAAAGGAAUAAAAAGUAAAAGAUCUGCAUUGUAACAAGCAGGUGGCAGUUGAACGUCCAGGGUGGAGAGAAGGCUGGGACGAGACUGCAGUGGAUCGGAUUCCCAUGGUAGAAAGGGUGUCUUCAGAGGCGAAGGGGGUCCGGGUGCAGCAGCUUCUCAAACACGGUUUCCGUGCUCAGGCUCAUGAGAGGCACUCCAUUCAAGGGGAGAUGUGCAAUCUGGUGCUCAGGCGGGUCAGAACUCUCAAAAUCUGGAGGACUGGGGCUGGAGAGAUGGCUCAGCGGUUAAGAGCACUGGCUGCUCUUCCAAAGGUCCUGAGUUCAUUCCCAGCAACCACAUGGUGGCUCACAACCAUCUGUAAUGAGAUUUGGCGCCCUCUUC